GCCCUUGGGGGACGCUUCGAAGAUUCCCCGAUAGGUUCUUGGGAGUUCUCUAUCGCUCUUGAAGACUGGUGAGGCUCAGCUCUGCAAUACAUUCCGGGAGGAGAUUCUUGCAAGCUGCAAGGUGUGACGUCCAUCGGGUUUCUGUGGCUGAUUGAAGGAGAAUUUGCAAGGGAUCCGUGGAGGAAUCCUUCAGCGUUCCGCGGUUGCUGCAGGAGAUUCAGCCGACACGUGAAAAUGAUGCUUCGACUGAUUGUUGCGCUGGCGGUCGCGGGCGUCGCUUCCUUAGCCGCCCCUCCGCCCACGCCCAGGGUCACUGCUGACGAUGUUGCCUUCUUCCUCUGGACCAGGAGCAACCCAGAGGACUCGAACUACUACACCCUCAUCAAGGACGACUCAGCCAACGUGGCUGCUUCUCCUCUCGAUGUGUCUGUGCCAACCUACGUCCUCAUCCACGGCUUCUCCUCGAAUGGGGAGAGUGGGUGGCUGACGCAGGGGAAGACAGCAUUGCUGGAAUUGGCCCCGUACAAUGUCAUCACAGUGGACUGGAGUAAGCUGGCAGAGGCCCCCUGGUACAAUAUUGCGAGUGCAAAUGUUGAUGGGGUAAGUUGUGCAAAGAGGGAGAGGAGAAGCUUCACGGCGUCCCUGCUCGACUGGCUGCACGCGGAGGCCGACCUGGACAUCUCGACCGUCAGCCUCGUCGGCCACUCCCUCGGCGCCCACGUGUCUGGAGCCGUCGGGCGCCAUCUCGCGUCCGCCAGGCUGCCGAGGAUCACAGGCCUGGAUCCCGCGGGCCCGGAGUUCUACAACCAGCCUGAGGAGAGCCGCCUGGAUCCCUCCGACGCCACCUUCGUCGACGUCAUCCACACCAACGCGGGCUCAGUGCUCGAGAGUUGCGUAGGCCUAGACCUCCCGACCGGACACGUGGACUUCUACCCGAACGGCGGCGACCACCAGCCCGGUUGCGUCGUGCUCGGGGAGGGCUGGACGGAUCUCCUUGCAGGAGGGUGCAGUCACGGCCGCGCCCACGGCUACUGGGUGGAGAGCAUCCUCGCCCUCCAGCCCCACCAGGCCUUCAACGCGCGCUCUUGCGAGAGCUGGGAGGCGUAUGAACAGGGGACAUGUCCCGAGUGCGGCGAGAACUGCGUCGACAUGGGCUUCCACCUGGUGCCGGGAAGUGCUCAAGGUCAGUACUUCCUGACGACCAACAGGCAUUCCCCUUUCGCACAAGGACGCCAAUGAACAGCGGCUGCGAAUGAACCUUGUUAUAACAAACAGCAGGGAAAACUUUCGACCAAAAGAGAAAAAGAAGAGAGAGAGAGAGAGAGAGAGAGAGAGAGAGAGAGAGAGAGAGAGAGAGA